GAAGAAGAUCGUGUUUGUGUCUGUGUUCUAAUUUUUGGGUACAUUUCUUGCUACAAAUCUGCAACAACAAAUACUACAUAUAGAGCUUAACUUCAAGAUAUAGAUAAUAUAAUCAUGACAUUUUCGGUCAUCUCCCCUCCAACAUGUAUCAUGAAGAUAUUAGGCUUCAUUAUGAUGAUGAUGAUUACGGGAUCGGUUUUUAGCGAGGCAGGUGUUUACAAUGUAUUGAAUUAUGGUGCAACCAGCUAUAACAAAGGAGAUAGCUCCAAUGCAUUUUUGAAGGCAUGGAAUUUAGCGUGUGCAGAAUCAGGCAAACCAACAAUCCUCAUCCCUGAAAAGUGGACAUUUUUAGUGUACCCUGUAAAUUUCCAAGGACCCUGCAAAGCAAAAAAUGUUGUUUUUAUGCUAUCAGGUACUAUUGUAGCACCAGAGUUACCCAGUGUUUGGAAAGGGCGUGACACUAGCAAAUGGCUGAUCUUUGGUGGUGUUAAUGGUCUUAUUGUUGAUGGUUAUGGCGUAAUCGAUGGACGAGGAAAGGGAUGGUGGGAUCAAUCCUGUAAACAUAAUACAUGGAAGGGUUGCACAAGUUUGGCUCCAACAGCUAUAAGUUUCCAUGGAUGCAAUGAUAGUACAGUGAAAAACAUUCACAUUACAAACAGUGCCCAAGUACACAUGUAUUUAGGGAGGCUCAGGGAUUUCGGUGUUGACAACAUCAAGAUUCAAGCUCCCUGGUGGACCCCCAAUACUGAUGGUAUUCACAUCCAAGCCUCCAGCAAUCUUGGCAUCUCCAAUUCAGUCAUAGGCAGUGGUGAUGAUUGUAUCUCUGUGGGAGAUUACACUUCCAAUGUCUGGAUAUCAAAGAUUUCAUGUGGACCUGGCCAUGGCAUAAGUAUUGGAAGCUUAGGAAAAGAUAGUAACUUUGUACAAGUCAGUGGAAUCCAUGUAUCUGAUUCAUAUUUCGACCGGACAACAAAUGGAGCUCGGAUCAAAACAUGGCAGGUAGGUAGAGGUUAUGCCCAGGAUAUCACAUUCAAAAAUCUGCAAUUCUACAAAGUCAGGAAUCCAAUCAUCAUUGAUCAAAACUAUUGCGAUGUCAGGAAUGACUGCAAGGAACAAGUAACUGGAGUGAAGAUCAGAAAUGUAACAUACUCCACAUUGUAUGGAACAUCAGACACCGACAUUGCCAUCAAUCUGAAGUGCAGUAAAUCAGUUCCUUGUUCGGAGAUUUGGAUGGACAACAUUCAUUUGGCCAAUGCAGUGACUGGAAAACAAGUCACAGCUAGUUGCUACAAUGCCUAUGGACGAGAAUUUGAUGUUGUUCCUGGUCAUUGUUUACUAAAGUCAGCACCCACCACUUCAGGAUUGUGAAAAUUACUUAAGCAUCCAAAAAAAAAAAAAGGAAUUUUUUAUUUUUUAUUUUUGUUUAUAUGACAAAAAAUGUCGAAAUCUGAUAUUCUCUUUGCCCUUUUGAAGAAGAGUUAUGUAAACAAUGCUUAUAAAACUAGCAUU